AUGAUGCUGCCUGCCAAAGCAGAGAGUUUAAGUGGGGACUUGUGGGAGCCAGAGGACGCCUCGUCUUCGUUCAAACAAAAGCCGCUGGAGUUCCUCUUUCGGCAUUCAUUUACAUUGCCAGGAAUUUGCGAUUGGGAGAUUUUUCAGGUUGGGGAGAACGGCUAUGGAUUUGUUCCUUCAUAUUCUUCAAAGCCAUAUGGAGGACUUCCUUCAACCCUGGAGAUUUUCCCGGUUAUUAUUGUUUUAUAUCAGGAGGGGAAAAACCAUCUUCUAAUCAGCCUCGUCAGGUGGAAUGUGGCUAUGAUGAGAAACUAUACUGGUGUUGCACGAAUGCAUUGUGUAUAUUUGAGCAAUAACAACUGCAAAGCUUCCAUCAUGGAUUUCCAUAGAAGCUGCUCAAAUUGUUCCUUUGACCUUUGCCUAAGUUGUUGUCAUGAGAUACGUGGAGGAAGCCUACCUGGAGGCAUUGGAGCAGUUACAUUCAACUACAUAAAUAAAGGGAAAGCUUAUGUUCAUGGUGACAAGCCUGUUUUGGGAACAACACUCUCUCUGUUAAGAAAUGGUAAUUCUCUGUUACCUUCUUUAGUUGCAUUGCCCGAAUGGAAAGCUAAUGAUGGCAAUGGCAGCGUUCCUUGUCCUCCCAAGGAGCUCGGAGGUUGUGGCGCUUGCAAUCUCGAUUUGAGAUGCAUUUUCCCAUUGGAUUGGAUACAGCAGCUGGAAAUAAGUGCAGAAGAAAUAGCUUGUAGUUAUGACUUUCCUAAAAUGUUAGAUGCUUCUUCCUACUGUCCCUUUUGUAUCGGCAUGCAUGAUCAAGAAAUGGGAUUUGAUGGGAAGUUGCGAGAAGCCGCUGCUAGAGAGGAGUCUUAUGAUAACUAUUUAUAUUGUCCUAGUGCAAAGGAUCUUCAGGGUGAAGAUCUUAAACAUUUUCAGCAGCAUUGGAUUAAGGGCCAGCCUGUUGUAGUACACAAUGUGCUUCAUGAUAAAUCUGAUUUAAGCUGGGAUCCUUUGGUAUUUUUUCUUCCUUUGCUUGAAAGGAAUAGUACCAACCAUGGGAAUGAUAUGAAGUCAGUUAAAGCUACUGACUGCUUGGUUUGGUGUGAGAUUUGA